AUGUACAGGCAGUUGGCCGUGUUCCGGUGUCUCAAUGAGUCGCUGUACACCAUGACGGGCCAGGAGGCUCUGAGCAUGUUCAGUGAUGACCCGUCCCUGGCGGAAGCAUACCAUGAGGGCUUCCGGGCGCAAGCCGCAAAGUGGCCGCGCAACCCGCUGGACGGCGUCAUCAGCUGGUUGAGGCAGGAGGUCCCCAAGGAUGCAGUGAUUGGCGACUUUGGUUGCGGAGAUGCGCGCCUCGCCUUGGAGCUGAGCCAGCGAAAGGUGCACUCCUUCGACUUGGUCCAGAUCAACGAAAGGGUCACCGCUUGCAAUCUUGCCCACGUGCCGCUUCCGGACGCAUCGCUGGACGUGGCGGUCUUCUGCUUGGCCCUCAUGGGCACAGACUGGAUCAAGUUCGUCGAAGAGGCCCACCGCUGUUUGAAGCCGGGAGGUCUCUGCCACAUUGUCGAGGUGGAGUCGAGAUUUGCCGAUGUGCAAGCCGUGGUCAGGACCAUCGAGUCUGCUGGUUUCCAGCGCUUGGUUGUGAAACCGGGCAGCUUCUUCGUGGAGCUGCGCUUCAAGCGCACCAAGCACAAGCCGGAGGCUGCCGCAGAGCCUUCGCGCAAGAAGGGCGCCAAGAAGCGCAAGGGCGAGAAGGAGGGCACCGGUUCAGGUGCGCUUCUGGGGGCAUGCACCUAUCGGAAGCGUUGA